AUGCAUUCUUUGAAGUAAGAAAUUAAAUUUAGAAUAAUUUCUUAACUAUAUACAAUUCUCUCUCAAAAUGAAGUGAAAAAAUAAAUUACUUAACUAUACCAAGUGGUUAAAUACUAACAAAUUAUGAACUAUACAAUCUUAAAUUGUAGAAAUAUGUAUCUUACAUAAAGGAGAUUUCAGUAAUAUUUAAAAAUAGUAGGAAUGAAAAAUAAUAUAGCACUAUAAAUUCAACCUAAGAAAUUUAUGAUAUUUAAGCUACAUUAGCUUUAGAUACUCAAUUAUUAAAUAUUAUUGCAUAUGAUUCAGAUAAAAAUAAAUUUAAUAUAGGUUCAACAAAGUUCAAUUUUUUGACCCAUUUAAAUAAGAUGAAGGAAAAUUUGAAAUAUUGAUAGAGGGCAAAACAAAUAAUUAAGAUAAUAUUUUAUCUUAUAAAAUGAGAGUCAAUAGCUUUCUUUGUUAAUUCGAUGAAUUUUAUACAUCUGGGAGUUGUUAAUCAGAUUAAGGUUUUUAUUCUAAACCCUACAAAAAUACAAAAUGCUCCAUUUUUGAUAAAACUAAAUUUGAUGCUAUAACAGCUAAUUAAAUUUAAUUAAAAGUUGGUUAUUGGAGACAAAAUCAUAUUUCUGAUUAUUGA